AUGUCGCCAUUGAACCUGUCUCAGCUUGUGGAUCAGCAUCGACCGGAUUUACAGCCACUGGAAGAUCUCUACAAGCACCUCCACCAAAACCCUGAGCUCUCAAACCAAGAAGUCGAAACGGCGGCCACUAUUGCUGAUAGGCUUCGGAAGAUUGGCCCCAGCGAUUUGAUCAUCAAACCUCACAUCGGCGGCCAUGGUUUAGCAGCUGUUCUUUGCAACGGCGAUGGUCCUACGGUGCUUCUAAGAGCAGACAUUGACGCUCUACCGGUUGAAGAGACCACUGGGUUGGAGUAUGCCAGCACCAAGCGAAUGAUGCACGCUGCCAGCGGAAUUGAGAAGCCUGUCAUGCACGCCUGUGGUCAUGAUAUGCAUAUCGUGACAUUGCUGGGUGCUGCAGCGACGUUAUUCUCCGCUCGAGAUUCUUGGUCUGGUACGCUAGUGCUGGCAUUCCAACCGGCCGAGGAGCGAGGUACUGGCGCUCAAGCUAUGGUGGACGAUGGCCUCUACACCAAGCACGACGUACCUGUUCCAGAUUUCGUUCUUGGAGCACACGUCAGACCUCUUCGGACUGGCACGAUUGGCACCCGUAGAGGCCUCGUCGCUACGAGCGCGGAUAACUUCAAAGUCACCAUCCACGGGAAGGGCUCACAUGCAAGCAUGCCUCACACAGCCAUUGACCCGAUCGCCAUCUCAGCCAACGCCAUACUCAAAUUGCAGACUCUUGUCAGUAGGGAAGUCGACCCUGCGGAGUCAAGCGUCGUUACUGUCACAAGCAUACAUGCUGGAGAUGUGGAGAACAUCAUCUCAGACUCAGCCGUUCUUGGUGUUGACACACGAUCAACUACAACCGCUACACGCGAGCGUCUACUGAAGCGAAUCAAGGCAGUCGUGGAAGCAGAGUGUUCAUGUGCCAAUGUUAUCAAGAGUCCCGAAUUUGAGCAAACCCGCGCUUUUCCUCUGACGACAAACGAUGUCGCUGUCACCAAGAGGGUUGAGGAGUCAUUUGCCGCGCACUUUGGCGAAGGACCAGGACAAUACGAUAGAGAUACGCCGAAGCUGGCAUUUAGCGAAGAUUUCUCGAUCUUGGCAACUGCUGUUGAUAAGCCCUACUGUUUCUUCUCGUAUGGGUCUGUCGGCGAAGAGGCGUGGGAUAAGGCAGAGGCUGAUGGAACUAUUGCGCAGACAAUUCCUGCGAACCAUUCUUCCAAGUUUGCUCCUGUUGUUCACCCAACGCUUCAGACUGGGCUGGAUGGAUAUGCAUUGGGAGCAUUGACUUUCUUGGCCAAACCAUAA